AGAUGAAGAGGGUUGUUCUUGUUUGUGUGUGAGAAAGGUCAAUGUCGAUGUCAGCACUCAACGGCCAUGUGAAACUCGUUUCUGCAAUUCUCAGCGGAAUUACCAAAACGCCCUCUGCAGUAUCUUACUCGUUCCAAUUAAGGUGAGCACAGAGAGAAUGUGAGUGAGGGAGUGAGGAAGUAGCACAGAAAGAAAGCGGUUUCGGUUUUUGAUUGGGAAUGGAUGGUCACAGCGGAGGGACGAGAGGGGAGGCGGAGCGCUGGCUGUACACGGCGAACAAGGUUUUAAGUGCACGUGACUUGCACGGGGCUCGCUCAUUUGCGAUUCGGGCCCGAGAGUCCGACCCGAGAUACGAGCCCACCCAGCUUCUUCUCACGGUUAUCGAUACCCUCAUGGCCGGCGAGGCCCGGAUCAACGACCACCUCGACUGGUACGCCAUCCUCCAAGUCCUCCGUUACACUCAGAACAUCGACUACAUCGCCGUCCAGUACCGUCGCCUCGCCACCCAGCUCGACCCUCACCACAACCCAUUUGCCUUCGCCGCUCACGCCUUCACGCUCGUCAACGACGCCUGGUCCGUACUCUCUAACUCCACAAAGAAAGCCUUCUACGACAACCAACUCAGACUCCUCACUCAACCCCCACCCCCUCCUCCUCCUCCUCCGCCUCCUCCACCGCCGCCGCAACCUCCCGCUCCUCCGGUUACCUUCUUCCCGAUUCAACCUCCGCAACCAAACUUAAACCCGAACCCGACCACGACCCCUUACCAAGUCCCUCAGCGGGAAAAAAGCCCUAGGGCUUGGGUGGAGGUGGAAGUGGAGGUGCCGAGUCAGGAGGACAAUGCGAGCGAGUUGACUCGGGCGAGUGAGACGGAGAGCGAAGGGGCGAGUUUCUGGACCGCGUGCCCUUAUUGUUACGUUAUGUACGAGUAUCCGAAGGUGUACGUGGAUUGUACGUUGCGGUGUCAGAGUUGUCGGAGGGGGUUUCAUGCGGUGGUGGUACGGUCGCCGCCGAAAGAUGGUUUUGGCUCGUUUUGCAGUUGGGGUUUUUUCCCUGUGGGAUUUUCUGGAGAUUUUAGAGACAUCAGCGGUUCUUCUUCGAAGUGGAACCCUUUUUCCCCUUUGAUUCCUUGCGCUUUCAAAAGGGAGGUGCAGCAGAGUAGGAAGCACCAUAAGGCGCCUUAUGUAUUCUACGACGAUGACGCGUCUGCGGAGUUCGCGGAGGGUUCCGACACGACGAAGGAUGAUUCCGACGAUGAUGAUUGGCAUGGCGGGAAUCAGAAGGGAAUGGAGACGGUGGCGAAGAAGAGGACGAGGAAGAGGGGGAGGAAGAGGGGGAGGAAGAGAAGAAAUGGUAAUGGUGGUGAUGUCAGGAGGGAACCGAUUGAGAGGCCUAGGAGAGGCGUUCAUAGUCAUACUGGUGGUGAUGAGGGGAAUGUUAACGGAAAUGUGGAGAAUGGUGAGGUUGCGGAUGGUGAAGGUGAUGGUGUUGCGGCGGCGGCAGAUUCUGGUAAGAAGGGUGAGUUGGGUGGUUCUCGGAGGAGGAGUGAGAGGAACUUGGGGAAGUUAGAUUUGAAUGUAGAGUUCAGCAAUGAGGUGGAGGAGUCUUUGCAUGAAGUGGAUGAAGGGAAUGAAAAUGGGAAUGGGAAUGCUGAGGAUAAUAUUGAAGGGAUUGGAUUUUUUGAAGGGCUGGACGAGUUCCUCAGUAGCUUGCCCAUUCUGAAUGCUGUUGCAGAUGACAAGGUUAAGGGUCAUUAGUGUUAAUCCUCCUUUUUUGUUCUUGUUAUGUUAGUCUUUUAAUAAGUAUCUGGGGGAAUAUUUCUUUUGUUUCUCUCCUGUUCUGUUCUGUUCUGUUCAGGAAGGAUAUAUUACUCAUUCAAGUUUAGUCUA